AUGAUACUUUUAUUUCGAAUCUAUUCCUUUUCUAUUCUAGAACAACAACAAAUAUCUAUGUCAACAGUUGUUCCAAUUAAUAAUACCGAAGAUCAACAACAAAUGCCACAGGGUUAUGUAUAUCCACCUACUUAUAGUACAACAGUAACUGAGACUUUAUAUGACAAACCACCAUCUUAUGAACAAACUGUGCAUGACUUAUCGGAAACAAAUAAUGCAUUUGAACAUACGGCAGCAAUUUUGCCUAUUACAACAGUAACAUCAUCAUCAUCGCAACCGAUUCAUCCAUUACAAAAGCAAACUUAA